AUGAUUGAUAUGUACGCAAAAUGCUCCAAUAUGGACUCAGCGGAGAAGGUAUUUGAUGAAAUGCCCGAGAGAAACCUCGUUUCCUGGAACGCAAUGAUCGUGGGGUUCUCACAUAACAAGAUUUUUGAUCGAGCGAUAGACGUCUUCAAGGAGGUUCUCAGGGACAAGUCAGUCAGUCCCGAUCAAGUGAGCUUCUCGAGCGUAUUGAGCGCGUGUGCAAACGUCGGCAGUUUGGACUUUGGGAGACAGGUUCACGGGGUGGUUGUUAAGCAUGGGUUGAUGCAUUUAGCUUAUGUGAAGAAUUCGCUUGUGGAUAUGUAUAAUAAAUGUGGAUGCUUCCAAGAUUCUAUCCAGUUGUUCGGGUCCAUACCAGAUAGAGAUGUUGUUACGUGGAAUGUAAUGGCCAUGGGCUGCGUGCAGAACGACAGAUUUGAAGAAGCUUGCAAUUAUUUUUGGGUCAUGAGGAGGGAAGGGAUAUCGCCUGACGAGGCAUCGUUCUCAACAGCCCUCCAUGCAUCCGCUAAUCUUGCGGCAUUGGACCAAGGAACUUUGAUCCAUGAUCAGAUAAUCAAAACUGGAUAUAUGAAAAAUACAUGUGUUGGAAGUUCUUUGAUCACUAUGUAUGCUAAAUGCGGGAGUUUGAUUGAUGCACAUCGGGUGUUUGAAGAGAUUGAGGAUCGGAAUGUGGUAUGCUGGACAGCCAUGAUCGCAGCCUGCCAACAACAUGGCUGUGGAGGCUCAGUGAUUGAAUUGUUUGAGGAGAUGCUUGCAGAGGGAAUUAAACCUGAUUACAUUACUUUUGUCUGUGUUCUUUCAGCUUGUAGCCACACUGGGCGCGUUGAAGAAGGUUUUGGCUACUUCGAAUCCAUGGGUAGAGUUCAUGGGAUGAAACCUGGUCCUGAACACUAUGCUUGCAUGGUUGAUAUGCUCGGUCGAUCUGGUCGGUUGGACGAAGCCAAGAGGUUCAUCGAAUCAAUGCCAAUUAGGCCAGACCCAUCAGUUUGGGGAGCUUUGCUCGGAGCAUGUAGGAAUUAUGGGUAUCUUGACAUGGGAAAAGAAGUUGCAGAGAAGCUUUUUGAGAUGGAACCAAAUAACCCCGGGAAUUAUGUGCUCCUUUCCAACAUUUAUACGCAUUAUGGGAAGCUGGAAGAGGCCAAGGAGAUAAGGAGAUUAAUGGGAAUUAAUGGGGCGAGAAAGGAGCCUGGCUGUAGCUGGAUUGAUAUUAAGAACACAACUCAUGUGUUCACUGUACACGAUAAAUCACAUUCUCGGACGGAUGAAAUCUAUGAGAUGCUGAGCAAAAUGAUAGAGUUGGUGAAGAAGAAAGGAUAUGUGGCUGAAACCCAGUUUGCAGUUAACGACGUUGAAAGUUACAAGGAGCAGAGCUUGUGGUAUCACAGUGAGAAACUAGCUCUUGCUUUUGGAUUACUCAGUCUUCCUGCAGGCGCCCCAAUUAGAAUUAAAAAGAACUUGAGAACUUGCGGAGAUUGUCAUACAGUAAUGAAGUUGGCGUCGGAGAUUUUUGAGAGAGAGAUUGUGGUUAGGGAUAUAAAUCGGUUUCACCGGUUUGUAAGUGGUUCAUGUUCUUGUGGGGACUAUUGGUGA